UAUAUUCUUUUUCCAUCACUUCCCUCUCCAAGGCUACAGCGAGCUCGGAGCUCUUCCCCACGCAGAAUGCUUGCUUUCCCUAGUGCUCGACUCUCAUUGUCUAAUUCCCUCAUUCUGGCUGGGGAAAGGGAAAGCUGUGAGUCCUCCCGGUCCGAGGAGAUCCAGCUGAAUGCAGCUUAGUCGCUGGUGGUUUCUUGGCCAGCCUCUGUGGUCUCAGGGAUCUGUCUACGAGCCUGUGGUUUCUCUCAACUGCCUGCAAGUCUGAGACCUCGGGAAUCUGAGUCUUUAGGAUCUGCCUACGAUAUCUGGGCUUCGCCUGCAAGUCUACCGAUUUGAGAUCUACCUGCCAGUGCACUCUAGAAUCUUUCCGAACGCCAGGUCUGAGCGUACGCUGGUGCUUUGGGAUCCGUUCGUGGUCUCUCAGAUUUUGGAGCCGACGAUCUAGUGGAUCUUUUGAGGGACAGGAGCGCUGUCUGCUAGCUGCUUUUCCUGCUUUCUCUCCCAGGAGGCGAAUCCUUGCGCUGGAGAUGGCAGCCACCCUGCUCAUGGCUGGGUCCCAGGCACCUGUGACGUUUGAAGAUAUGGCCAUGUAUCUCACCCGGGAAGAAUGGAGACCUCUGGACCCGGCACAAAGGGACCUUUACAGGGAUGUUAUGCAGGAGAAUUAUGGCAAUGUUGUCUCACUAGAUUUUGAGAUCAGGAGUGAGAGCGAGGUAAAUCCCAAGCAAGAGAUUAGUGAAGAUGUACAAUUUGGGACCACAUCUGAAAGACCUGUUGAGAAUGCUGAGGAAAAUCCUGAAAGUGAAGAGGCCUUUGAAAGCAGAGAUAGGUCAGAAAGACAAUGGGGAGAUUUAACAGCAGAAGAAUGGGUAAGCUAUCCUCUCCAACAAGUCACUGAUCUGCUUGUCCACAAAGAAGUCCAUACAGGUAUCCGCUAUCAUAUAUGUUCUCAUUGCGGAAAAGCUUUCAGUCAGAUCUCAGACCUUAAUCGACAUCAGAAGACCCACACUGGAGACAGACCCUAUAAAUGUUAUGAAUGUGGAAAGGGCUUUAGUCGCAGUUCACACCUUAUUCAGCAUCAGAGGACACAUACUGGGGAGAGGCCUUAUGACUGUAAUGAGUGUGGGAAAAGUUUUGGAAGAAGUUCUCACCUGAUUCAGCAUCAGACAAUCCACACUGGAGAGAAGCCUCACAAAUGUAACGAGUGUGGAAAAAGUUUUUGCCGUCUCUCUCACCUGAUCCAACACCAAAGGACCCACAGUGGGGAGAAACCCUAUGAGUGUGAGGAAUGUGGGAAAAGCUUCAGCCGGAGCUCUCACCUAGCUCAGCACCAGAGGACCCAUACAGGUGAGAAACCUUAUGAGUGUAACGAAUGUGGCCGAGGCUUCAGUGAGAGAUCUGAUCUCAUCAAACACUAUCGAGUCCACACGGGAGAGAGGCCCUACAAGUGUGAUGAGUGUGGGAAGAAUUUCAGUCAGAACUCUGACCUUGUGCGUCAUCGCAGAGCCCACACAGGAGAGAAGCCGUACCACUGUAAUGAAUGUGGGGAGAAUUUUAGCCGCAUCUCACACUUGGUUCAGCACCAGAGAACUCACACUGGAGAGAAGCCAUAUGAAUGCAAUGCUUGUGGGAAAAGCUUCAGCCGGAGCUCUCAUCUCAUCACACACCAGAAAAUUCACACUGGAGAGAAGCCUUAUGAGUGUAAUGAGUGUUGGCGAAGCUUUGGUGAAAGGUCAGAUCUAAUUAAACAUCAGAGAACCCAUACAGGGGAGAAGCCCUACGAGUGUGUGCAGUGCGGAAAAGGUUUUACCCAGAGCUCUAACCUCAUCACACAUCAAAGAGUUCACACGGGAGAGAAGCCUUAUGAAUGUACCGAAUGUGAGAAAAGUUUCAGCAGGAGCUCAGCUCUUAUUAAACAUAAGAGAGUUCAUACAGACUAACACCUGUAAUUAUGAUGACUGAGAAAUGAUUCAUUUGAAGAUACGAUUUUAUUUGAUAUCAAUGAGCUCCCUCAAGACUGAGCUGCUUUUAUCAUACUCACUUUCCUAGUUGUGGGCCAUGAUUUAAACCAUCAGAGAUGACAAGCCAUUUGAAAUUCUGACCCACAGCUUUGGGAAUGUUAUCUCCUCCAAAAUGGUGGUUUUUACUCACUCAAUGGGUUACUUCAUUAAAAUCAGCCCCACAAGUAACUGGAAAUCUGAAGACCAAGUGACAAAUGCUGGUGAAGGCCCAGGCCUGGAAAUGGAGUAAAUCUUUAAAUGUUAUUUUCUCCCAUCCUUGGCCAAAAGAACUAGGGGAAAUGUGGGACUUUAAUAGGGUGGUCACAGCUGCUUUGGAAAAAGGCAACUAGAGACCGUGCCUGAAUUGCUAUACCUAUUCACACACCAUAGUAGUUGGGCACACACAUCUUCCUCUCCGAAGGGCUUUUUCCUUGAGGUGCUCAUGCAUUUGUAUCUCUCCAUCUUCCUGAGGGCUGGAUUCCACCAUGAAGGCAAUGAUUGUAACUUUUCUCCUUCUCAUUGUUUCUAAUUAGCUUGUUUAAAGCUUGCAUCUUUGUGAAAGCUAACUGAAGAUACAGUUGGAAAGGAAAAACAAGACACAGGUUUGGGGACCAAGGACCCAUCAAUGGUGGUGACUUUAGCAAAAGAUGCCCAUGGUUAUUAUUGCCAUUAAUCAGAUUUAUAAAUUUUCUUUGGGGAUCACUAUAGGGAACAUUAUAGGGACAAUAUCUUCAAGGAAAGAUAGGACCGUCAGUGACAGUUAAGUGUAAGGAGCAAGUGGAAUUGACUCCUUCAGGAAAGGAAGCACAGAGUCCUUUCCCAAGGAAUGUAGGUCAUUUCUGUGUUCUUUCCCCUCUAAUCUUUAAGAUCAACUCUUUUUAUCCUGCUAACUGUAAGAUUUGAUAAGGGCCACAUCCCAGUGUUUAUCUUAGCUUGCAUCAGGGCAUGCGUAUGUACAGUAAUGUGUAUUCCUGUGGUUUUCCUAAUAGCAGAAACAAUUUACAGAGACUUAGCAUGUUCUUGGGUGACGUGAAUCAUGUGACAGAAGUAUAGACAUAACUCCAAUGUGAGAAAUGUUCUUUUUUCAUUCUUUAUGAAAAAAAUAUAAACACUAGUGCUCCAGUGUGCACUCUCCUGUAAGGUCUGUCUUUGUACAGAGCUAAGCACUUGUUUGUAUGUGUUUGUCCAUUGUGGAAGAUAAUGACCGGACAAAUAGGUCGAUUGUCCUAUUCUCAGAAUGACUUAUCUUCUAUGGCAAUGAAGAACUCUUUGGCUUAGUCAGAAGGAAUUAAUAAACCUAGGAAGAAAUAUAUUUCCAUCCUUCCAGCCUACAGAUAAAAGUGGUUAAAAUAAUAGUUCAUUCAAUUUAAGCCCAGUAGUGUCAGUUUGUCUAAUCUCAGUCCAGGUAGGAAUUAAGUAAUAUCUCAAACAUUGAUGCUUAUCCAAGCCUGUUAGGGUAGAAGGGAAUUGGUGCCCAGAAGAUGGGACUGGAGUAAGGAAUAUCUUUUCUUUUGAGAGUACCCCCAUUUCAUUUCUACUGUGCUUUAUUACUAAUGUUCUUUAUUGUGAACAUUGUAACAUUAAAAAAAUGUUUUUGCUGUA